AUUAGGGAUUCGUCGCUGGAAGGAGUGGAGGGGAGAGCAGGCCGAGGUUUUCAACCCAGCAAGGGGUGCCUGUAUUUGGACCUAGCGCGCCCAGUGUGGGGCUAAUCGGAAGAGAGCAACUACAAAUUGAGGACAGAGAGCAACAUUUUCGAAGACUUGAAGGCGGCUAUCCUUUUGCGCCGCAUACCACCUAAUAGUGGGAUAAGAGUCAGGUGUUCGAGGCAGGCUGGACGCGAGAAUCUACCUUCCUUCUCUGUUUGCGCCGCUUGCGGGCAGCGGUCGCAGCAGCAGCCAGCAGCAGCAGCAGGUUGAAUUGAUCGGCAUGGGCAUGGGAGCGUUCUUCUUGGGGCUGGCGGCAGCGCCGUUAUUCCUCUGUUCGGCGUUCGUCCCCCCCGCGGGCUUCAGGAGUUCCGCUUCCACCGCGGCAGCGGCAGGAGGCUUUCCUGCCUCGUCCCGCGAGGGCCCGGUUCUUGCCGCCGAGAGGCUCCCGCUUUUCAUGAGCGUGGCCGGCAACGGUGAUGGAGACCAUGCACAGCAUCAACCGGACCAAAAAGAAGCACGUUCUUCCAGGGCACAGUUCGUCGGGCGGGUGUCCGCGGGAGUGGUGGCGGCGACGGCGGCUUCCGGGCUUGCUGCUGGGGGUCUUGGAGUUGGGGCGGGCCCGGUGUUUGCUGACAGCACCGGUAAGUACUCUUCCAAGGCCACCGCUAGGAAGCGGUACCUUCCGCGGAUCGUGAAGUUGGUCAACGCUUUCCAGAUGCUCAAGAAGGAUAUCGCUAGCGGCAGCGCCUCACCCAAGAGCGAGUUCUUCGUGGAUGUGCUUGCUGACUCCGUCUCGGCCAUGGACCUGUACGGCUCGUCCAUGAAGAAAGGAGAGACACCGGACAGUAAGUCCAGGGCGCUGCAGCAGCUCGCUCAAGACUUCGGGUCCACGUGCACCUCCAUCGGCAAGAGCCUUGGCAAGAAGGGCGGCGAAGAGGAAGCCAGCAAGGCCUACGACAAGGCUUCGUCCAUCCUUGUCAAGUACCUCGAAGGAGUCGAGCUAGACCCUCUAGGCAGCGAUGUUUACAACUAGGACUGACAGUAGUGCCGCACCUACCCAUGACUAUUUAUUUUCCCUUUUGGAAAGGGAGCGGGAACGUCUGUGUCGGCUAGCACACCGAGAGAGAGACAGAGAGACAGAGAGAGAGAGAGAGAGAGAGAGAGAGAGAGAGAAUGGGGGGGAAGACAUAGUGUGACGGCUGCCCUUGCCGAUCGGUUCACAUUUGCUGCAACCAUAGACGUGGGAAGCAGGAUUCUGCGCGUGUCAUCAUGCACGCGCAAUAGAGGAGAAAUUGUCGGAGUGCGAAUGAAUGUCGUCUUUUUAUGUCCCACGGGUAGCGCCCUGCGUACACGACUGUGUUGGCGAAUGGCGGGAUCCGCACUGAGCCAUGAAGUGAGCAAGGGCAUUACUACAUGUAGGCCGCUCUUUGUCUAUCUCUCAUGUUAGCGCAGUUCAGGAGUGAGUUUGGCGUGAUUGGUUGUUGUCCGGGGGCGGUAUUGUUCCUUUAGAGUACGUAUUGGGUGGUGGCGACUAGUAGAGAAUCGCCUGAGACAAGUUCUUUGUGAGUAGAGAGUGAUAGAGGCGGACCAGCUACAGCUCUCUGGUAAACGAGUCGCGAUCUGU